CCUCGGCCUCUCUUAUUGCCGCUGAGUUGCGCUCCUCUUCCUCAGGCUGCGAGCAGGAGCCGCCCGGGCGCUUCCCUUUCCCGGCCGGCACUCCCCGCGGCAGCGCCGCGCUCCCUCGCUCGCUCCCCGCAGGGCAGAGCCGCCCCGCAGCCCGCCCCGGCAGAGCGCUCCCGAGGUGCCAGCAGCAGCCGCCAGGAUUUUUGUCUGUCUUGUUUGUCUGUUUGUUUUUCUUUUUCUUUUUUUUUUUUCCUCCUCGUUUUCGUUUGGCUUUCUAGUCUCUCUGGGAAUGGCCGGGGCAGCGGCGCCCGAAGCGGGAACAAGUGUGGGGAAAGGCAGAGGGAGCCAGAGCUGAACGCCAGGAUGCGGGCGAGCUGAGGCUCAGAGCGGGCGGCCAACCUCGCUCUGCCCCUAGGACUGCCCAUACGGACCGUGCCUUCUGCUCCCGACUCCGGCCGGAGGAUUUAAGACCUAGGAAGAGUUGUGCGUGGAGGGCAUUUUUUUUUUCUUCACAUUUUUGUCUUUUCCCCGCUCUCGGAAGGGAAAAUGGAUUGGGGACUUCUCCUGCACUGCGCAGCCCUCACCUUCACUCUCGCCAGGGCUCUGAGAAGCGAUAAAUGCGGCGACACGAUCAAAAUUCUAAGCCCCGGGUACCUCACCUCCCCCGGCUACCCCCAGUCCUACCACCCCAGCCAGAAGUGCGAGUGGCUGAUCCAGGCCCCGGAGCCCUACCAGCGGAUCAUGAUCAACUUCAAUCCGCACUUCGACCUGGAGGACCGCGACUGCAAGUAUGAUUAUGUUGAAGUGAUUGAUGGAGAUAAUGCUGAAGGACGCUUAUGGGGAAAGUACUGUGGAAAAAUUGCUCCCCCUCCGUUAGUGUCUUCGGGACCGUAUCUUUUUAUUAAAUUCGUUUCCGACUACGAAACACACGGAGCAGGAUUUUCUAUCCGUUAUGAAGUUUUCAAAAGAGGACCUGAAUGCUCCAGAAACUUUACUUCAUCAAGUGGAAUGAUAAAGUCCCCCGGAUUCCCUGAAAAAUAUCCCAAUAGCCUUGAAUGCACUUAUAUUAUCUUUGCACCAAAGAUGUCAGAGAUUAUACUGGAAUUUGAAAGCUUUGAACUAGAACCUGAUUCAAAUACUCCAGGGGGAGCAUUCUGUCGCUAUGACCGAUUGGAAAUCUGGGACGGAUUCCCUGAUGUUGGCCCGCACAUAGGACGUUAUUGUGGGCAGAACAACCCAGGCCGCGUCCGUUCUUCAACAGGGAUUCUUUCAAUGGUAUUUUACACUGACAGUGCAAUAGCAAAAGAGGGAUUUUCAGCAAACUACAGCGUGUCGCAGAGCAGUGUAUUGGAAGAUUUCCAGUGCAUGGAACCACUAGGUAUGGAGUCAGGAGAAAUUCACUCUGAUCAAAUCACUGUCUCCUCCCAGUACAGUGCUAUCUGGUCUUCAGAAAGGUCCCGGCUAAAUUAUCCUGAAAAUGGAUGGACCCCAGGGGAAGAUUCUGUCAGAGAAUGGAUACAGGUAGAUCUGGGCCUUCUCCGCUUCGUUUCUGGAAUUGGGACCCAAGGAGCUAUCUCAAAGGAGACAAAGAAAGAAUAUUACCUGAAAACAUACCGUGUAGAUGUCAGCUCCAAUGGAGAGGACUGGAUUACACUGAAGGAAGGAAACAAGCCUGUUGUUUUUCAAGGGAAUAGCAAUCCCACCGAUGUUGUUUACAGACCUUUUGCCAAACCAGUUUUAACACGUUUUGUACGAAUUAGACCCAUGUCUUGGGAAAAUGGAGUAUCACUGAGAUUUGAAGUGUAUGGCUGCAAGAUAACAGAUUAUCCUUGCUCUGGGAUGCUGGGCAUGGUGUCUGGGCUCAUACCUGACUCUCAGAUUACUGCAUCUACUCAAGUUGAUAGAAACUGGAUCCCAGAAAAUGCUCGCCUUAUAACAAGCCGUUCUGGCUGGGCACUGCCACCAACUACUCAUCCAUAUACAAAUGAAUGGCUUCAAAUAGACCUUGGUGAAGAAAAGAAAGUGAGGGGCAUUAUUGUCCAAGGAGGCAAGCACCGAGAAAACAAAGUGUUCAUGAAAAAAUUCAAAAUUGGCUACAGCAACAAUGGAUCAGAUUGGAAAAUGAUCAUGGAUUCCAGCAAGAAAAAGAUAAAGACUUUUGAAGGCAACACCAACUACGAUACACCUGAACUGCGGACUUUUGAACCUGUAUCGACGAGAUUCGUCCGCGUCUACCCAGAGAGAGCCACACACGCAGGAUUGGGACUUCGAAUGGAGCUGCUGGGAUGUGAACUUGAAGCUCCAACAGCUGUCCCUACUGUUUCCGAAGGCAAGCCCGUAGAUGAGUGUGAUGAUGACCAGGCGAACUGUCACAGUGGCACAGGUGAUGACUACCAACUGACAGGUGGAACUACAGUGCUGAACACAGAAAAGCCGACAGUAAUAGACAAUACAUUACAACCAGAACUGCCAUUAUACAACUUCAACUGUGGCUUUGGCUGGGGAUCCCACAAGACUUUGUGCCAAUGGGAACAUGACAACCAGGUGGAUUUGAAGUGGGCAAUUCUGACCAGCAAAACAGGGCCAAUUCAAGACCACACAGGAGAUGGCAACUUCAUCUACUCUCAAGCUGACGAAAGCCAGAAAGGCAAAGUUGCCCGGCUGUUGAGCCCCGUCAUUUACUCGCAGAAUUCUGCGCACUGCAUGACUUUCUGGUACCACAUGUCUGGCCCACAUGUUGGCACCCUGAAGAUCAAGCUGCGCUACCAGAAGCCGGACGAAUAUGACCAGGAGCUGCUGACCCUGAGCGGGCACCAGGCAAACUGCUGGAAAGAGGGCCGCGUUCUUCUGCACAAGUCUGUGAAACACUAUCAGGUGGUUAUAGAGGGAGAAAUUGGAAAAGGAAAUGGAGGAAUUGCUGUGGAUGAUAUUAAUAUCGACAAUCACAUAUCUCAAGAGGAUUGCCAAAAAUCAACUGAUGAGGAGAAUGAAAUAGAUGAUGAAGACCAAGAAAGUAAUCAAACAGGGUUCACUCCUUCAUACCAUACAGAUGAGGAGUACGAUGACAUCUCCAGGAAACCAGGCAAUGUCCUGAAGACGCUAGACCCAAUCCUUAUUACCAUCAUAGCCAUGAGUGCACUUGGUGUGCUUUUAGGAGCCAUUUGUGGAGUUGUUCUUUACUGUGCCUGUUGGCACAAUGGGAUGUCAGAGAGGAACUUGUCUGCACUGGAGAAUUACAAUUUUGAGCUGGUCGAUGGUGUAAAACUGAAGAAAGAUAAACUAAACACACAGAAUUCUUACUCGGAAGCAUGAAGGUGUAAAGCAACUUGAGAAGUUUCAGAGAAUCGGGAUGGAAGGACAUAGCUCGGUCGUGCUGGGGAACUGUUGAUCAUCUUUUACUGUACAGGCUGUAAAGUGCAUUGAUGACACUGAGCCAAGCUUUUCUCAGGAGCUUCAGCAAGUGUGUAACCGAUAAACAUGGACAACAAUCUGUGUUAACAAUCUGAAUCAUGUACAGUCUGCUUUUUCUGUUGGUUUUAUUUGAAAUAAUCAAAUGCUGGUGUUGAGACCAAGUAUGAUUGACUUCUAGUUCAUUCUGUCUUUCUUUCUCUCCCUCUCUUUUGUUUUCUGUUAAUGGGUAAUUUUCUUUUUACUGUGCAAAAUCCAAGAUGCUGUCACAAAGUGUAUUCAGUGGGGUCCUUCGGAUGGACAUGCUGUCUGUAGCUCAGUGCCCAGAAAUUAUUGACAUAACAGCAAUUUAGUGGACUCCUGCACCUGUAUUUGUGUAUAAUUGCUCGUGUUGUGCAUAGGCAAAGAAGGGUUAGGAUGUUUUUGAAAGUACUGCUGCAUCAGUACCAAUAUAGUGUGUCAGCUCUGUUUACAAAGCAAUACAGUCAAAUUUUAUUGAUGUUUUUCAGUGUUGUACUAAAUUUUGUGCUUGUGACUCCAUAAAAGAGUAUGUGCCAUCAUCAGACACAACUGGUAACCGAGUAUACUGCCUAAAAUCUAAACAGAAAAGUCCUUGGCACUGGCUAGUGUAUGUCCUCUCAAGUGCCUUUUUGUUUGUACUGCUUCUCAUUGUGUUAACAUUGACUGCAGCUCUGCUUCUCUCCAAUUAUGCCCUUGUCUUUAAUCAUAUUCUGAUGGCUCACUGAAUAAAAGAAAAGUAUAUUUUAGUGUAAGAGAGCAGCCUCGGCAAGGCAAGGGCUAAUCAGAUUUGACCAUCUGGCUUGAUUGUUCUGCUUUCUGUAUUUCAACUUCAUGUCUCUUGACCCUUUUGUAUAAAGCUGCAAUAUCCCCUUUUAUUGUUCUUUCAUAUAGAAUGUAUUUUCAAAUGUAAAAUCUCUCUACCUUUCUCUUCUUGUUCUCUCUCUUUCUCUCUCUGAGUAGAUUGCAUAAACAUUUGCCAUUGCCAAGGAAAGAAAACUGCAGCUUUAACUUGCUGGUAAUGGCAAAAGAUUUUAUUAGGGUUUGUGUUAAAAAAUAAGGGAAAAUUCUUAACUUUACCCUCCAAAGUCGAACUUUGGAUUUCUUCUUAGCGGCAUAAAGUGACAGUAUCUUUUUUCCUGAAGUCAUGAAACGUAUUUUAUCCUAAACGACUUGCCUGUUAAUUACACUAGGGAAAUUAAUUCCAAGCUGAAAAUAUUGCCUAUAAAAUAAGAAACUUUCCUCCUCCUGUCCCUACCUGAAUCAGAGUUCUCUCAGUUAACCUUCAUUUUCAUGCUAAUCAGUGCUAAUUGGGCCUGCACAUGAGUUCUGAGGGCAGAAUAAAAUCCCGCAGCGUAUGCGGGAGAUGUCCUUGCUGUUCUGUUAUAUCCCACUGGCAUUUCCUACCACGAGGUUUCUGUUUGACUAGAAGUGCAGAUAGCAAUAGAUUUGGUGAGCAAAGCUAAUGUAAGCUGUCAGGACAACAUACUCUACAAUUAUGUGGCGAUUUUUAAUAUUUCAGGACAAGUAUUAUUGAAAAAAUAAUAUCCAGCAGUUGAUACAGCUGGUCUGAGAAGGUAAAAAGAAAUAAAAUGAUGCUGUGCUCAGAGGAGCUCUCUGCAAUGAUCAAGAUGCAGCACAGUCAGAGCUGGGGGGCUUCAACCCAUGCAGACCUGGGGAAAGGACUGUUCUGGAAAGAGCUGAACUCCUGUUCUUUCUCACUGGGUUCCUUCUGUGGAGCCAGGGAAGAGACUGUGAUUUUUGGAGUUAGUCUUUUCUGAAAUGGGUUUUGUAGGUAAGCAGUGAAAUAUCCUGCCCAGGAUUAGGACUAUGAAAGGAAUAAUUCAGCCCUGAACUGCAACAAAAUCCACCCUUGCUUAUCAGUUAAAUGUUUUAAAGCAUAUCAUGUAACCAAUACUAAUCACAAAACAGAAACUAAUCACAAAACAGAAAAUCUACCAACUUAGAAAUUGAAAAAGAGGGAGGCUGAAGGUAAAAAAUAUGAGUUAUGUAGCUGAAAAUAUUUUAGAGGAAGACUCAGUAAAAAAAGCAGUAGAUGGUUGGUACUUCAAAGGACUCCUGAAAGCAGCGGCUGUAGCAAAUACUGAAACACACACUUCAGGUCAUCACACCUUUGCCUAAAGUGGAAGGGUUACCUCCCCAGGCUCUAGGCCUCAGCCCCUCCAGAAGGUGAGGCAGAGCACCCAUGACUUCAAAGUUAAGCCCAAAAUUUAGACCAUGAAGCGGCCCAAGAGGCAAGCUCACUUGAACAGAGGCAGAAUUUUCAUUUACAUCCACCAGUGUAAGCUGACCAUCACUGUAUUGCAGCAGCUAGUUAAUUAACCCAAAGAAAAGAAGGAUUUUUCAGGAUUUUAUUUUCAGGACGCCGCCAUGUUAUUCGGUUGUGUUGUGUUAGAAUCUGCUCUCCUUGUCUCAAAACACAUCCACUAUGACCGAGAGUUACGUUUAUAUAUUGCCUUGAGGAGAAAAUCCCACCGGGGAGCCCAGGCCCAAAACUUUCUGAAAUGUUCCCACAGAUUUCAGUAGAUUCUGGACCAGCUCUUGGUCUUAGUCCGUUUGAACAGUAAAGCUGACGGUUGUUUGUGUGGUGUUUUUUCCUUUGCUCUUUUAAUGUACUGAGGAUGGUAAACAUAAAAAAGAAUGUUAUCUCCUUUGUAGUCUUCAGACUUUACUAUGAUAAUGAGGAUCUAGCACUGAAGAUUUGAUUUCUCUGAAGGUAAUAGAAUGAAAGUUGCCCUUCAAAAAAGGAAAAAUGAUACUGCAACUUUACAUUGAAAAGUAUCUUGCACUGAUAAAUAUAUUUAAAAAAAUAUAUGUUUAUAAAGUUAUUAAUUUGUAAAGGCAGUGUUACAAAAUGUUCAGUUUAUAUUGUUUUAGAUUGUUUCAUAAUUUUUAAAGUGUAAAAUAACAUAUUUUUUUCUUUAUUGAAAAACUAUAAAAAUCUUCUGUAGUAAAAUGAUUUCAUUUUACUGGUAUAUUAUUGCUUCAUGUUUUGUACCAUCAUAAAACUUUGUGCAAAUUUUUUUUACAGAAAUUUUUAUUUUCUAUGACAAUAUGACACUUGUAAAUUGUUGUUUCAAAAUUAACAGCAAAGCCUUAACUUUAAAUGACAUUUGUAUUCUCAGACACUGAGUAGCAUAAAAAGAAUCACAUAGAACUGAACUGUAACUUAAAUUUCCAAACUAUGACUACUACAUUCCAAAGAAACAGUUGAAUUAAACAUUUUCAUAAAAUA